AUGUUGGGAGGAACAGGCCAAGGUAAGGAAGGGACGAAGACAUGCGUCAAUCAAGAAGACCUAACGGUCUUAACCGCACAUCAAAGCCUUCUUUUAGAAACCCCACCACUUGCAGAGGCAGUUGCAGCUUUUAAAGAUUCAAAAUCACAGCCUACCUACCAAACCAACGCCCUCAAGCAGCAAGUAGGAAAACAUGCGCAAUAUCUCCGAGCAGCCCGUUAUGGCCCAACAACGACCUCGGGCAGCAGGUACGAAAACAUGCGUCAGCAGCCCACCUGGCAAACCAAUGCCCUCAAGCAGCAGGUGGGGAGACAUGCGCAUUAUCUCCGAGUAGGCCGUUAUGGCCUAUUUCUGUUUUACCUGAACAAACCGGAUGUACCUGAGACAUGUUCAAACUCUUGAGUUGAGGAUUUGUGGCCCACCAACGACCCCCGACAGCAGGUGCGAAGACAUGCGGCAAUAAGCCUUUUCCCAGGCACCCCAUCAUGCCGAACCAACGACCUCGAGCAGUCUUCCAAUAUCUCAGUAAGCUAAUUACUCAAACCCAGUUCAACAAUCACACUAACUAAUCAACCUUCCUAUACAGCAGCAGGUGCGAAGACAUGCGUUAUUCAGAGCAAUGGCAUAACCGCUUAAAACCCAUUAUACCACCAUUUCUGUUUUACUUGAAC